AUGUCUCGCUUUCACUCUUCUUCUUCCACUGGCAGUGCUCCUGGGGCUGCCAGUCCCAACCCAACCAUCAACACGUCGGCCCUCCGCGGUCGUGGAUAUCAAGUUCCACAAAACUCUUCCACUCUCCCACCCUCUCAAUUCCAUUCUCUCCACGUCCCAUACGUGUGUGACAAUCAAAUGGAACCCUCCUUGGAGCCUUCAACCCUCCAACCACCAUCUAACAGGCUUGGAAACCUAUCUUCCUCCACAACUUUCGGUCCUACGAGUCCCAAAAACACCAAAAAAAAUCAAAACAAAAAACAAUCACCAAAAAACUCUUUUUCUUUGUCUUUAUCUGCAUCUAUUACUUCAUCAUCAUAUUAUUCUGAUUCCUGUUCUUACGAGACGAUCAAUUGGUCGUCUCUUGAGAUCAAACCCCAUCCCAAUGCCCCCAAGCCCUAUCGUUCCCCCACCAUGUACACUGACUCAACCAUGGAAGAAUAUACAUCCUCUAGCCGAGGCUCUGGAUCCAGCGACCUUUUUCCAAUUCUUUCCCCUUGCAUCAGGGUAGAUCUUCUACCUGGUGCUCAACCCCAUGCGGCCACUUCCAUUCCCUUUUGUCCCAACAUUUCCCUCGAUCCUUUCUUAGAUUAUCCCACUGUUUUUCCUUCUGUUUCUUCUUCUUCAGCUCCUCUUGCCCAGGCCCAGUCCAAAUUUGCCCCUACCAUGCAAUCUGCCACCCCAAGCCCAGCCAGCACCUCAAAAUCCUUUUCAGCCCACCAUUCCCUUUCUUUGUCUCCAACACGACCCAUUUCUCUAAUCCCCAUCUACGAGUCCAAAUUUCCCUUCAACAUGCCCGACACCCCCAGCCCUGUUAGCACCAAACAAUCCUUUUCCCUUCACCAUUCCCUUUCUUUGUCUUCAACUUCCUCCCCUUCCCUUGCCUCUCCUUCCAUCCCAACAUUCUAUUCCCGUUCCCGUGGCUCUUCAGUAUUAGCUGAAGAUGGUUCACAUCCCCCUGCCCCCAAGCAACCUGUAGUAUACGAGCAAAUCCGCUUGUUCAGGCUUGCCAAAAAGAAGUCUCUUGCCCAGCGGUGGUCCGACUUGAUCCUUGAAGAAGAACUUCUCAUUUCCAGAGCAAACAUAGUAACUCCAGUGCGACCUUUCAAGGAAAGUUCAAAGUUGAUGGCAACAUCUGAAUCUGACAAUGAAAAUGUAGCUCAAUCUCCUUUGUCAGACCCCUUCAUUCGUUCCCCUAUUCCCUUUGUCUACUCCCCCUCCCCAUCCCCAUCCCCAUCCCCAUCACCCAUUACAGCACCCCAGCCUAUUCCCCAAAAGCCACGUUCCAAAUGUGGUGGUAGGUUCCACGAUGCACGCCCAUGCCCUGUCCUUCCCAAUGACCUUCCCAAUCCCACUCCCUACACAAUUCCAAACUCCAAUCCCACAGUAACAUAUGUCUCAUCCUCAAGCGAGGAUGACACAGACACAACUAACUAUCCCUCCUCCCUGGACAGCUACUCCGAGGCCACACCGGAACCCGAGGCCACCCCAUCGACAACCAUUGCUACCGGGAAGUCCUGGAUCCACCGAAACUCUAAGACCAUCAAAACAGUAGCCACCUGGACCUUGAUUGCAGCCGCAAUCAUAAUUCCAAAGAUUAUUUGGAAUUGGUAG